AUGGCAACCAAAGGAGGCACCAUCAAAGCUGCUUCAGGAUUCAAUGCCACGGAAGAUGCCCAGACCCUGAGGAAGGCCAUGAAAGGGUUGGGCACCGAUGAAGACGCCAUCAUCAAUGUGCUCGCCUACCGCAACACGGCCCAGCGCCAGGAAAUCCGGACGGCCUACAAAACCACCAUCGGCAGGGACCUGAUCGAUGACCUGAAGUCGGAACUGACUGGCAAGUUUGAGCGUGUGAUCGUGGGGAUGAUGACGCCCACCGUGCAGUACGACGUGGAGGAGCUGCGCAGGGCCAUGAAGGGGGCUGGCACGGAUGAGGGCUGCCUGAUUGAGAUCCUGGCCUCCCGGACGCCCGAGGAGAUCCGGCGCAUCAACCAGACCUACCAGCUGCAAUACGGGAGGAGCCUUGAAGAUGACAUUCGCUCUGACACGUCCUUCAUGUUCCAGAGGGUCCUGGUGUCGCUGUCCGCUGGUGGCAGGGAUGAAAGCAAUUUCCUGGAUGAUGCUCUCAUGAGGCAGGAUGCCCAGGACUUGUAUGAGGCUGGAGAGAAGAAAUGGGGGACAGACGAGGUGAAAUUUCUAACUGUUCUCUGUUCCCGGAAUCGAAAUCAUCUGUUGCAUGUAUUUGAUGAAUACAAAAGGAUAUCGCAGAAGGAUAUCGAACAGAGUAUUAAAUCUGAAACAUCUGGUAGCUUUGAAGAUGCCCUGCUGGCCAUAGUAAAGUGCAUGAGGAAUAAACCUGCAUAUUUUGCUGAAAGGCUUUAUAAAUCUAUGAAGGGCUUGGGCACCGACGAUGACACCCUUAUCAGAGUGAUGGUUUCUCGGGCGGAGAUUGAUAUGUUGGACAUCCGGGCACACUUCAUGAGGCUCUAUGGAAAGUCUCUGUACUCCUUCAUCAAGGGUGACACAUCUGGAGACUACAGGAAGGUCCUGCUUAUUCUCUGUGGAGGAGAUGAUUAA